AUGGGCGUGGCUACCUUGAUCCUGCUACCCAUCAUGCUUCUUUCCGCCAUCACACCUGCGUCGUUUGUUUACACUGCGCUUGUUGUUCUUCAUUCACUGGGAUGGUCGAGUAUACCGAAGAUAUUUGGGAUCAAGACGGGUUUGCAGAGGAUUCUUCUGGGUUACGCGCUCGUUGAGGUUACCUUUUACCUGUGGUAUCGCCGAAGGAAGAGAUGGUUGCAGCGCCCUUCUAGCAAUAGCCCCCUUACAACACCGGAAGAUCGCGUCUUCCUCUUUCGCCGAUGCCUGGCCGACCUCACCGCGGCAAUGGAGCCGGGGAAGACGGAAUACCCUCUACCCAGGGAGGCGCAUGAAGCAGGAUACUCCGCUGCAGAUUUCUUCCGUGCAUGGUUUUUGAACGCAAAGCUUAGCGAUAUCCACCGUGGUAAUAUCGAGGAGUGGAUGCUCUGGGCACUGUUCAAUAUGGAUUACGUCGAUGUGGAGCAGCAGGAUAAGGAAAUGCAGCGCGCUAUCUUUGUGGAGUUGCAGAAUUAUUGCAAUGAAAUCGAGGUGCUGCUCGGUGUGGAGCUACCUGAUGGAUAUAAUCCCCGGAUCAAGAGUAUGCGAUUGAACAAAGAUGUCGUUCAUAUGAAACACCGGCCGGCGCUAUGGUAUUUGAUCGUCGCAGGUCUCGAUGCGUACACACAGAUCCUUUUGCGCUCCCUCGGCUUCAUGCAUUUUGUACCCCGGAAGGAUAUUGUUAACUGUGUCUUCCCACCAUCCUUUUCGCACUUGCGUCGUUUUACAAGGGAAUCUAACUCGGCACUUUCGUACUGGUAUCGCCCUCCGUUGACAGCGAGGAGUACAGCGAAACCCAUUAUCCUUAUUCAUGGUAUCGGUACUGGGCUUCAGCCGUAUGAUGUGUUGAUCAAGAUGCUGUCAAAACACGAUGCGCCUAUCUUUCUUGUCGAGUUGAUGCAUGUGUCGAUGAGGAUGGUCAACCGUAUUCCUGGAAGGAGGGAGACUAUUGAGGGCAUCAAGAGGAUGCUGCAGAAGGAGGGAUACGAGGAUGGUGUCGUGGUUGGGCACAGUUUGGGAACUGUUGUUUCGACGUGGUUGAUUCAUGACCCGGAGCCGCCUGUAUCACAUGUUAUCCUUGUGGAUCCAGUGGUAUUCUUGUUGCAUCUUCCGGAUGUAGCAUAUAACUUCGUCUACCGUUUCCCGAAACGAGCGAAUGAGUGGUUAUUAUGGUGGUUCGCAAGUCGGGAAGCCGGAAUCAGUUACUCCCUCGGCAGAAACUUCUUCUGGUUCGAAAACAUCUUAUUCCGGGACGAGAUCGGUUGCCGGACGAAGAAGGACAUGGUUUUGGUCGGGCAUGAUGCAGAAUGGGACAGAUCACAAAGUCGACACGAAGGGAGGUGGGCCAAGAAGGCCUGUGUUGUCCUUGCGGGGAAGGAUCAGAUCGCACCGACGAAAGCGGUUUGGAAAUAUCUUAACCAAGGAGAGGAGCCGAAUUACAUUCAGCCUGGGCCUUAUCAGCUGCCGCCUGGAACGACGAUGGCGCACACGCCUAAUGGUCUGGACGUGGUAUAUUGCCCAGGACUGGAUCAUGCCUCGUUUCUACUGCCUCAGAACAAGGGAGUCGUGAGGUUCAUCGCGGACAGAGCAGGGAAAUGGGCGACGUCUUCUGAUCAUGAAUUACUGAAUUGA